UUUGCACAUCACUUGUACAUUAUUUGCUGUGAAUUCAUGAAAACAUCUUCGCGGCUCAACAUGUUGCGCUCCAAAUUUUUGCUAUGUCUGGCCUUGAUGACCUCACUCUUCGCCGGUACUUACCAGGAACAGAAGGACGUUGUGGUACUAGCGAAAGACAUGAAAUUCAAGUUACACAGCGGUGAUCAGAUGCCCUUGGUUGGAUGUGGAACUUAUCAAGUUAGGGGUCCAACUCUUAUUAGAGACGUUCUUGAUAGGUCUUUCACAGCUGGAUAUCGCAUGAUAGAUAGUGCUGCUGUGUAUGGAAAUGAGAAAGAUAUUGGAGUUGCACUGAAGGAACUUCUGCCUAAACAUAAUCUAAAGCGCGAAGACAUUUUUAUUACAACAAAACUAUCUCCUGAUGAUCAAGGAGACAAAGCUUAUGCUGCUUUGGAGAACUCGCUCAGAAACUUGGAUUGCGGAUACAUAGAUUUGUAUUUGAUUCACUGGCCUGGAAUGCACGGUGUUAAUGCCUCGAAAGAGGAAAAUUCAAUCGCAAGGGACCUCAGCUGGCAGCAUAUGGUGAAGGGGGUGAAGAAUGGCUUAGUUAGAAACAUCGGCGUGUCAAAUUAUAACGUUCGUCACUUGACUGAGUUGUUGAAUAACAACCAUGGCAUCAAGCCUGCAGUAAAUCAGGUGGAAUGGCAUCCCCACUAUCACCAACCCGCACUUUUGGAACUGUGCAGAAAAGAGGGUGUUUUACUCCAAGCCUAUUCAUCCUUGGGUGGUAGCGAUAAUAAAGAGCUCUUAGACGACUCGAAAGUCAAGGAAAUCGCGACGAAACUAGGCAAAAGCCCUGCACAGGUACUGUUACGUUGGGCCCUGCAACAGAACAUUGGCAUCAUCCCCAAGGCUAGAUCUCAGAAACACAUUGACGAGAACAUCGAUCUCAACUUCACCAUCCCCGAGGAGGACAUGAAGACAUUGAGUAGCUUCCCUCAGAAGAAAUACGCUUGGGACCCGGAUACUAUUGCUUAAUCGAUUCAAAGUCGUUCCUUAUUUUUAAUCGUACUUUAAUUCUUUUUU